CUCUCACCUUCAACCAGAGCUACAGACAGUACCCUCUGCCUCAACAUUUUAGGAACUAGAUACUGAUUACUGUGAAAAAACAAACAAUCAAACAAAAAACGGUUGAUUGAUUACACAAGAAGGUUAGGGUAAGAAGGUGUUGGGAUGGUUGCCUGGCAACAAUUAAAAGGCAUUCAAUUAAAAAGGCAGUACAGUGUGCCUCGCAUUUUGCAACCUGCAAUUUAAGUAUACAUGCAGGAUACUUCUGGGGUCAUACAUAUGUAUACCUUCUAAUUUAAAUGUUUGUAUAUGUGUUUUAUAGGAAAUGUUAAAAAUACUGCACAUUUUAGACAAUUAAAUUUUCCUUUCAUCUCCAUUAUACACAUCAUGAUGUAAUGUGUCAUAACUAACUUAUUAUAUAUGUUUACACAGUGCUUAUAAAUGAUAAAGUUAGGGUGUUAAAGUGUUCAGCAUUUCUUUCAUGAAACAAAUCAGACUUGAAUUUAAACUUCUGAACAACGGCCAGUAAAAUAUGUCAUGAUUUCAGCUCUGAAAGAUAAUUUCCUGUGGUUGUGAUUUUCUCUCAGUGGAGAGAAACUAAAAAAGAGACAGACUGUAAGUCUAUAAAAAAGGAAGAAGAAAAAGAAGAGGACACAUACAGGAGGGUUUUGUGUUGGUCCAGUAAAAACUCUCUGCCACACAUACUUUGGCUUGUUUGCAAAGGCUCGUGUUGGAGCGAGGAUCUCCCCGUCUCUCUCUGCUCUGUGAAAGGAUCCACUGAUGAAGAGUCGUGCAGGGAGGCGGUGCAGCUGCAGCCUCCUCCCCCUCCUCCUCCUCCUCCACAGGCCUCAGAUGGCUGCUGCCUGUGUUCAGCUCCUGUUGGCUGCCACCGUGUGGAUGAUGCCUCACAUGGAAGCUGCUGCUGCAGCCGUGUUGUCGAGCUCCACAGAGCUGCUCAACAUGACCGGAGCUGGAGCUGAGAUAGACUUCAGGAUGCUCAGUGGAGACGUCAGCAGACAUAAACGAGCCAUUUCAUCCAGAGAGAUCAACGCUCUGCUGGAUUAUCACAACCGAGUCCGCUCUCAGGUUUUCCCCCCCGCAGCUAAUAUGGAGUUCAUGCUCUGGGACGAGGGGCUCGCUAAGUCAGCUGACUCCUGGGCUUUACGAUGCGUUUGGGAUCACGGUCCGACACAGGCUAUGAGAUAUUUGGGCCAAAACCUGUCAAUCACUUCAGGAAGGUACCAGUCCAUCACUGAUCUGGUCCGGUCCUGGUACGAUGAGAGGCAUCACUUCUCCUACCCGAACAGAUGCAGUGGAUCAGUGUGCUCUCACUACACUCAGAUGGUGUGGGCGAGCACCAACAGAGUGGGAUGUGCUGUCAGGAAGUGCUCAAACAUGUACGUGUUUGGAAACACAUGGAGGGAGGCAACGCUGCUCGUCUGCAACUACUCUGUAAAAGGGAACUGGGUCGGAGAGGCUCCCUAUAAAAGCGGAAAACCUUGCUCUGUCUGUCCGUCCAGCUAUGGCGGCUCCUGCUGGAGAAACCAGUGCUCACCAAACACAAAGCACAGGACACUUAAAAGAUAUUAACACAACAUGUGGUUUUAAAUGUGUUUUAAUGAGAGUAAAGAAGUCACAAUACAUUUAAAGUCAAGUUUUAACCCACACGAGGGCUGCAGCUGAUGCAGCUGUCCAGUUAUAUUAAUGAAUGUUUCACACACAGGUGAGUUGAUGUAGUUGUAUGUAUGUUUAUUUUCAUUGCUGUUGGUCACUAAUAUAAUAGUACUGAACGCCAAAGAAAUGUUUGCCCAUUUGUAUACUUCUUGAAGACAUGAUGGAGAGUUUUUGCACUGCUAGUGAUUACUGUUUUUGAUGCAUUAACCAAAAAUAAAGCACUUUUGUUGUACAGAUCAUAUGUACUGUAACCUUCGAUAUGUUAUUGAUUCUUUUUCUAACCUGAUUUAAUAUUUACUGUUUCUUUGUCCAUUGUGGAAAAACUGUCAAAUCAUUCCUGCAGUGACUGCGUUCAACUCACAAUUGUCUGUUUGCCUGACUGAACAGUAAUUAAGUUAUAAA